AUGAGUCCUUCCUCCCGUGAGGCUGGCGAGCACUUCCCUCUGCCCUAUCAGGACUCCACCCUGCCAAUACCACACAGAGUGGAUGAUCUCAUCGACCGCAUGACACUGCAAGAAAAGUCGGGUCUUUUGUUCCAUGGAAUGAUUAUACCAGGACCAGACGGAAGCUUAUCCAGUGACCAUGCCGAAUUCUCAAUCCCUGGCACCCAAGACUUGAUCGUGCAAAAGCUGCUGAAUCACUGCAACCUUGUUGGUCCCGUUACAGACGUCCGACAGACUGCUGAGUGGUACAAUAGGGUCCAGGGUCUGGCGAUCGAAAAAACCAGAUUGGGGAUACCCAUUACUCUCUCAACGGACCCACGCAACCAUUAUGCAGGGGCUGUUGGAUCGAGUUCUCGCGCAGGUUCUCUCAGUCAAUGGCCCGAACCUCUUGGAUUGGCUGCGUUAAGAGAUGUAGCUCUUGUCGAACGAUUCGCCGACAUUGUUCGACAGGAGUAUCUUGCUCUCGGUAUACGGCUAGCUUUGGGCCCACAGGCCGACCUAGCAACAGAAUAUCGAUGGGCACGGCUCAAUGGUACAUUUGGAGAGAGUGCAGAGCUAUCUAGCGAGUUAACAAAGGCAUACAUCAAUGGCCUCCAAGCUCCGCGCCUGUCCGGUGGUGUUGGAAAGCUGGGCCCACAUAGUGUCAGCACCAUGACCAAGCAUUUUCCGGGUGCUGGUCCGGAGAAAGACGGCGAGGACUCCCACUUUACCUAUGGCAAAGAUCAGAUCUAUCCAGGUGACAACCUAGACUACCACUUGGAACCAUUCCGGCAGGCAAUUGAGGCCGGGACACGGCAAAUGAUGCCCUACUACAGCAAACCCGUCGGACUGAAGGAUCCACGACUGUCAGAAGAGGUCGGCUUUGGGUUUCACAAGGGAGUUGUCACAUCUCUACUCAAGAAAGAUCUAGGAUUCCAAGGCAUUGUUUGCUCCGAUUGGGGCUUGGUAACAGAUGCCAGGAUCUGUGGAGAGCUUUUGCCAGCUCGUGCGUGGGGUGUUGAACACUUGAGUGCACUUGAGAGAGUGGUAAAGAUUAUCGAUGCAGGUUGUGAUCAGCUUGGGGGCGAAUGGCUGCCUGAGCUUGUAGUUGAAGCAGUUGAAAAGGGUCUUGUCUCGGAGACUGGAAUCGACAUAUCGGCGAGAAAGCUUUUGACAGAAAAGUUCGAGUUGGGUCUGUUUGACUCUCCUUAUAUCGACCCUGAUGAAGCUGUCAAGACUGUAGGUCGGCCGGAUUUCAUCACUCAAGGCGAGUUAGCUCAGCGCGCAAGCGUCACGCUGCUUAGCAACAAGGAGCAGAUCCUGCCCCUUGAUGCUUCGGCUUUGAAGGGACAAAAGAUUUACAUUGAAGGAAUCGACGCUGGGCUGCUUAGAAACAAGCACGGCUUGACAGUGACUGAAGACAUUGGCGAGGCAGAUAUCGCCAUCCUACGACUGCAGGGCCCAUUUGAGCCGAGGCUUAAGGGAUUUGAGGCUCAGUAUCGCGCAGGGAGUCUUGAAUACUCCAUCGCAGAGAAACAGCGUCAAGCUUCCAUCUUUGCCUCAGUGGCCGUCUCCAUCGUUGAUAUCUAUUUAGAUCGCCCAGCAGCCGUUCCUGAGCUGAUCGACCAGGCUUCUGCACUAACUGUCAGCUAUGGCAGCAGCGAUGAAGCCUUUCUGGACGUGAUAUUUUGUGUUGACGGAGCAAGCCCACAGGGAGCCUUGCCAUUUGAUCUCCCGUCAUCUAUGGCAGCAGUCGUCGCCUCUAGGGAGGAUGUUCCAUUUGACACUAAAGAUCCUACUUUUCGGUUCGGCCACGGUCUUCGGUAUGACGCCAAGGUAGCGGCAUGA